AUGUCCACCCUUUCUCUGAAUUGGAAGAACCUUAGUUCAAAAAUAUCGAAGAGUCCUGUAACGAAGAAAAAAGCUACGAAACCAAAAACAAAAUCUUCGUCUAAUAAAAAUGAUUCGAAAUUAAUCAAGGCUGUUGAGAAAUCCAUAGCAGUCAAUGCACCUAAAGCAAAUUUAUCACCUAUAGAACUCACACUUUGGACUAAGGAAAACGAGAUAAAAACUGAUGAUAUUGUCAAUAGUAAUGAUGAAGCUUCCAAAGUCUCUCUUAUACCGCAGGGAAAUGACCACCGAAAGAAAGAGCCGGGAAAGUAUCUCAGUAUGGAUUGUGAAUUUGUAGGAGUAGGACCAGAAGGAACAGAGUCUGCCCUUGCUAGAGUAUCCAUAGUGAAUUUCUAUGGCCAUACAAUCCUAGAUGAGUUUGUAAAGCCUCGUGAAAAGGUCACCGAUUGGAGAACUUGGGUUAGCGGUGUCUCUCCUAAACACAUGAACGUAGCCAUUACAUUUGAAGAGGCACAGAAGAGAACGGCAGACUUAUUGAAGAACAGAAUCUUAGUGGGUCAUGCCAUCCACCACGAUUUGGAAGCGUUGUUUCUUUCACAUCCAAAAUCGCUCAUCCGUGACACAUCCAGACACAAGCCUUUCCGUGCCAUUGCUAGUGGUAAGACUCCUAGUUUAAAAAAGUUGACUCUGCAUUUCUUGAAGUUGGAAAUCCAAGGGGCAGCUCAUUCUUCGGUUGAAGAUGCUAGAGCAACUAUGUUAUUGUUCCGCUUGCAUCGUAGAGAGUUCGAAAUUCAGCAAAGAAAACUUCACAGAUGA